AAAGAAAAAGUCGUUAAUACUUUUAAGUUUGUUAAGUCUUAUUACUUGGAAAAUUGGAUGUGACUAAAAAGGUUGAAAUCAUUCAAAACUGAUUACAGUAAUCAAAUAAUAACAUAUCAGUUCUCUGAGUUUAAUGUUUCAAACAAGCAUAAAUUUUUAUUCUAAAUAUCGAAGACUAGAAAACAUUGGUUCACAACUACCGAUUGCAAAAACAUGGAAAGUUAAAACCAAAACUUCGAUGAUAAUCUCAAGCAAGCUAACUAACAUCGUGGCGUAGUCAGUCAAACAGUCACUUUCAGUACUCAGUCAGUAUUCGCUAUUCGGUAGCGUGAAGACUGAAGAGAAGGCGGAAACACAAGAUUAGGAUUGGAUGUAGGCAGAAGACAAAACAGCAACAGAAAGCAGAACCUUACUAUUGAGUCUUGACUGACUGAUCGCAGGACAUUGACACUGCCUUCUCUUCAAACAAUUGUCAAAUAGGAAUUGUGAAGAGUAGUAAGUUAUCUAAUGAUUAGCAGUCAUUAAGUGUUAAAAGAAUGUGGAAGUGUCAUAAGUGUGGAAAACCAGUAUAUUUUGCGGAGAGAAAACAAUCUUUGGGUUAUGAUUGGCAUCCUGAAUGUCUUCGAUGUGAAGAGUGUGGGAAGAGGCUAAACCCUGGCCAACAUGCAGAGCAUAAAGGAGUGCCUUACUGUCAUGUACCUUGUUAUGGAGCAUUGUUUGGACCUCAGUUGUUUGGCCAUGGCACUAGAGUUGAAUCACACACCAGCUUUGGCAAAGUGGAAAAUAAAUCAGCUGGUCCUAACAUGUCCAGAUCCCAUCUGGAGUCCAAGCUGAAACUUUUUAAUCAAUUCUAUGAUGGGAAAAGUGGAGAAAUCAGGAGUAGAGAGGUAAACGGACGUUUGGUGCUAGAAGGCGCUCUGCGUAUCUACUGGGGUGUACUGGGAGUGAUACAUCUGAAGGAGGAUGAUGACCAACGUACUGUUGUCACCAUCAGGAAACGUAACUCAUGCCGUAGCAGCGUUUUCAAUGUGAAGACUGAUGAAGUGUGUGUGGAUGUUGAGCACAUCAACAACAGUACGAACCAUGUGACAGCGUGUGAUGACAGUGACGAGGUAGAGGAGAGUGUGACUAGUGGUGACAGUGGGGUGGACCUGUCUACGGCCGGAGCCAGCAGUGAGGUGGACAGUGGCGGGGGGAGCGUGAUGACGAGUAGAGACAGCCUCGACAGUGUCACUCCCUCCAACAAGUCUCUCACUCUACCGACUAAGCUCGAUAUUAAGCAAAUCGAUUGGGAUGAACUUGACGAUUUAUUGCAGGUAGAGCGUCACGUAGAUGAGAGCCAGAAGUUGUACCAGACGAUGCCGGCAAGUGUGUUGGCCUCACUAAAUACGACCACCAGUAGUACGACAGCUACGGACCAUGAAUCGGACCAAGAACAGGACUCGUACUCGCAGCAUUUUGAGGACAACGUUGAGCCAAGCGGACCAGACCCCAGCAGCGAGGACGAAGAACAACAGACGGUGGUACGGCGACGUACAGGACCCGCUGCCAUCAAGCGUCGGGCUGGUCAUCGUCGUUCUCGCUCCUCCAAAUUGAGGCGGAGGUGUUCUAUUAAUGGCCACUUCUAUAACCGUGAGACCAGUUUCUUCACCCCUCCGUUUGGCAGCCAGAUGUCAGUAUGGGUCACAUCACUGGUAUCCACACAGGAGGUCAUCAAUCUCAUGCUGGACAAGUACAAAGUGGAUAGCCAGCCUGCCAACUUUGCUCUGUUUGUUGUCAGGGAUAAUGGAGAACAACGCAGGCUGCAAGACGAGGAAUACCCACUACUGGUGAGGGUAAUGUUGGGACCUCACGAGGACGUUGCCAAGUUGUAUCUUAUGGAUAGACACAGCACUGACGAGAUCAGCUGUGAGGUAGCUCAGUUUCUAAACCUGAGCACCACAGAGUGUCGAGCCAUUCUGGAACGGUAUUCGUAUGAAGAGGAGAGAGAAGUAAGACGUGUUAAAGCAAAAUUUAGAGAAAUGAGAAGACAGAUGAAACAGCGUAUGGAAGAGUUAAAAGUUAGGUUAUGAUAAAAUUAGAGAAUUUACCGCGAUAAUCACUUACUCGACUAAUCAAUUAAUGUAACAGUUCAAUUUAUGAGCAAUAAGAACAAAAUUAUUAUAAAAAUAAUAAUGCAGAAUCAGAUAUAUGAUACCUGUAGUUGACAUAGGUCUGCAGGCAUGUACUUUGUCAAAUACAUCACUAAUACUGUCUGCGUACAUGUCAUUUUUGUGGAACUUUACAUUGAAAUAAUGUAUAGGGGUUGUCAAUAGGUUGAAUUUUAUGUAAAGGAGAUGCAUUCUUUUAUUCCCUGUUGUUAUUCGUAAUGUGAAAACCUCUGUUUCCUUAUUUAUGAGUGUCAAAGUAAUGUAAAUUCCCAGUGUAUUCUGACUCGAGUUUUACCCACUUCCAAUAUAUCAGUUUUCAAUGUUUUAAAUACAUGCUGAUCCUCUGUGAAUAGAA